CUAUCUCUUUUAUCUCCUCCUUCCAGUUCCACUUCACUGAUUCACUCUGUCUUUACUGCUCGAAAAACGAUGUCGUAUAUUCCUCCUCACCUGAGAAACUCAAGCUCAAACGCCACCAUUACUGCUUCUAGAGCUCACUCAGUUCCUCCAACUGACACUAACGAUCACCCUAACCUCUCCCAUUCCUCUUCGAAUUUCAACACCUCCUCCUCCACCACAUUCGCCUCUCCCUCGCGUCGGAGCUCCGGCGCCUUCUCCCGAACUAUCUCCGUUCCUCAACCUGUUUUUCCUAACUGGACGCCCUCCGACCGCGUCCUUCGCUUCAAUCCCGAUCAGAUUGCAGAAAUUCGGUCUCGGCUUAAUAUAGAUGUUAGUGUUGCUUCGGGUUCACCUCUUGCACCUGCAGCUAUUGAAUCAUUUGAAGAUAUGUGUUUACAUCAAAGUAUCAUGAAGGAUAUUGCACAUCAUGAGUAUACGAGGCCGACUUCAAUCCAGGCUCAGGCAAUGACUGUUGCACUUAGUGGAAGGGAUUUGCUGGGUUGUGCUGAAACUGGUAGUGGCAAAACUGCCGCAUUUACCAUUCCUAUGAUACAGCAUUGCUUGGCUCAACCUACUGUUCGGCGUGGUGAUGGACCAUUGGCAUUGGUGCUGGCUCCUACAAGAGAACUCGCUCAGCAGAUUGAAAAAGAGGUUAAAGGUUUUAGUAGAUCUCUUGAGUCCUUUAGAACGGCAAUCGUGGUGGGAGGAACAAAUAUUGCUGACCAGAGGUUGGAGCUACGAGCAGGAGUGGAUGUAAUUGUUGCUACUCCUGGAAGAUUAAUCGAUCAUUUACAACAAGGAAACACUUCCCUUUCAAGAAUUUCAUUUAUCGUUCUGGAUGAAGCUGAUAGAAUGCUUGACAUGGGGUUUGAACCACAGAUUAGAGAGGUUAUGCGCAACCUUCCAGAAAAGCAUCAAACUUUGCUGUUCAGUGCAACUAUGCCUGUGGAAAUUGAAACAUUAACACAGGAGUACUUAACUAGCCCUGUGCAAGUUAGGGUAGGAAAAGUGAGUAGCCCAACUGCAAAUGUGUCUCAAAUUCUGACAAAGGUUUCUGAAAGCGAGAAGAUUGAUUGCCUUCUAGCUCUGCUCGUGGAGGAUGCUUCUCAGGCUGAAAGAUCAAAUCAACCUUUCCCCUUGACUAUUGUGUUUGUGGAGAGGAAGACAAGGUGCAACGAAGUUGCUGAAGCUUUGGUAGCACAAGCUUUACAGGCAGUUGCUCUUCAUGGUGGUCGUAGUCAGAGUGAUAGAGAGGCUGCUCUGCGUGAUUUUAGGAGUGGCUCUACUAGUAUUUUGGUUGCCACUGAUGUUGCAUCUCGCGGAUUGGAUGUAACUGGAGUUGCUCAUGUGAUUAAUCUGGAUCUCCCAAAGACAAUGGAAGAUUAUGUGCAUCGAAUUGGAAGGACUGGCCGUGCAGGAUCAACUGGCCAAGCCACUUCAUUUUACACUGAUCAAGAUCUGUUCCUCGUGGCACAAAUAAAGAAAGCAAUAGCAGAUGUUGAGUCGGGGAACACGGUGGCUUUUGCAACAGGGAAGACUGCGAGAAGGAAAGAGAGAGAGGCAGCGGCGGCUUUGCAUAAGGAAGCCAGGAAUGAUCCGUCCAAGGUGACGGGGCCCGCGUGUAUAAACAUCGAGGAUAAGUAUAGGUUCAUGAUGGCUCCUUCAAUCAUUAAAAGUGAGGGUGCAGCUGACAGUGCUUGGGAUGAUUGAUUGAUGAUGAUCCAUUUGGUGCCUUUUUAAAGAGCACUGAUGAUCCAUGCUCAGGAUUUCAAGAAUUUUAAGGUUAGUGCGCGUGCGCGGGCGGGUGCAUAUAUUGGCAUGCAUUUUCUGUACAAUUACCCAACUUGUGAUGCUGAAAGAAAAUGAAUGUGUAACUUCCGAAUUUGGGCGUGCGGUGAAUAACAACAUGCUGAAGAUGACGACACAAGGUCACGGAUGACUUGUUCCCUCUCCAUAUCUCAUUAUGCCUUCUACAUCAUCCUACCGUAAGUAAGCUGUUGUAAAAAGAGGACAGGCUGAAUGAUCUCAAAAGGGCUCGUAGCAGUGCUGCUUGUAGAUUGCGCAAGCUGUACAUCUUUACAAAUUUCUAUUGAAAACUUUGUUGGGACUCAAUUUUUUACCCUAUUUCUGAAUUUUUUUUU